UUUUAUAUCGCAAAUUUAUCUAAAUUUAAACACUAAAUACAUAAUAAAUUAAUUAUAUAAAUUCCUGAUGGCAACAAAGUUACUUUCAUAUUUGGACCUUGGAAUUGGUUUAAAUCUGAGUGGCAGAGUCGUAUUUGAGUUUUUUCCUGAUGUUUCUGAGCGUUUGUUAGAGAAUUUCACGACUCUAUGCCGGGGUGAUAGGACCACCUCAGUCCGUGGUCGCAUAAGAACACUCAGUUAUGAAGGCUGUAAAGUAUUUAAAGUUAUCAAGGGCGAGUAUUUACAGUGUGGCGACCUUAUUAAUAAUGACGGCACCGGUGGUGGUAGUAUCUACGGCGAAUAUUUCAAAGACUAUCCCUCCUCAAGAUUACACUCUCACGCAGGGCUUCUCACCGUACAGAAUAUGAACGCGGGUGACAGUGGUGACAGCUCAGGCCCUCCUGACCGCCGAUUUGGUUCCCAAUUUUGUGUAUUAUUUGGAAAGGUGACUAGAUUUGACAGGAGUAAUGUGGUAAUUGGUAGAGUAGUGGAGGGUAUGGAAUUCAUAAGAGCUAUAGAAAAUGUACCCGUAGAUAAUAAAUUUAAACCUAAAAUUGAAGUUGGGAUACUCUCAUCCGGCACUUUCAACACUAUACAACACAGUGUCACAGAAACCACUAAGCAGAAGGAUUUAAUUAACUCACUAAUGAGUACAAUCCAGUCCAAACCCACUCCAAAUGAUGUGUCUGUGAAAGAGGAUCAGAUUAGAUGUGUGUACACAGGACGUGUGAAUAGAAGAAGGUUACCUAAUGAGUCAAGUGCUAAUACUCUAGGCAAAAAGUUACUCUCUGAAGCUCUACAAGGUAUAAAACAUCACUACAUACCCGAAGAUACCACUCUUGAUGCCACUCAUGUAUCAAUACAAGACACUACAGAACCUGUUGGACCCAAGGAACCCGAAGAUACUGUAGAAGUAGUAGAGAAGGAAGAAACUGAGGAACUGGUAGAGGAUGAGGAACUGGUAGAGGAUGAACCUGGUGACGAUGAUGUGCUUCGGAGACUGAAGAAAUUGAGUGGUAAGAUGAGGGAGUGUAGUAGGUUGAAUAAUGAUGAGAUAAUCUUGGAGCAGAAGAUCAAGAGUAACCCAAAGUCAGAAUUAUACAUUUCAAAAAAUCUCAUCAAUCAAUCUGAAGGUAAAGAUAUUGAUAAAGAUAUCUCCUCAAAUCUUUCCAAAGAAUUAAAUAUAAGUGCUGGAAUGGUAGAGAAGAUAAAUAAAAUCCAAAAGACUAAAGAGAAGAAUAAAACAUUUGGAUGGAACGUUUUCAACCAAGACGCUCUCUACAGAGCACACAAAAAACGUUUGAGGGAGACGGGGUUUAAUCCUGAUUUGUAUGAGAAGCAAAAGAGUGAACUAGGUGACCAAUUCUACAGUCCUGGUGUAGUGAACUUCACACCUACGGAAUCUACCAAGGAUGUAAUAGUGAGGAAUGUGGAAAAACAAUAUAAGAAACGUGAUGUAUUUAGUAGACGUCGACUCUACGAUGAUGACGCGCAAGAUAUUUCAUACAUUAAUGAGCGGAAUAGAGUUUUUAACAAGAAGCUUGAACGGUCCUUUGGCACUUACUCCAAUGAAAUUAAACAAAACCUCGAGCGAGGAACUGCUCUCUAAUUUUUCAACUCUAUUCUCUACACAUAUACUAAUUUUAUAAAGUUAAGUAUUUAGUACCUUUUUAUAUCG